GAUUUCAGUUGAACUUUUACACGCGUUGCGAACGGAUACGCCGAUCUAUUGAACUGCCCACGGCGCCGAAAAUUUAUUGAGUGCUUCAUUUAACAAAAAUUUGUGAUUUAUAAGUGAAGCUAAUAAUUUAUACGGAAAAAGCACAUUUUCAAUGCAAUUUUACAGUGUCUCAUUUGAACCAUUUUUGCCAAUAAAUUAAGUAAAUGAUUUUAUCAACUUAAUAAACGAUAAACAUCAAAAUGAAAACGAAAGUUAAAUGCGUGCGAAGACGGAGUGACAACGAAUUCUUAAGAUCCACCAAUACGGCUAGUCAUACGAAUGAUGAUUGUGCUGUUGUGACGAACAUUAAACGCUUUCGUUUACAAUCAAUCGCUAAAUGGUUGGUUGUGGCAAUCGUUGUGAACUUGGCAAAUUUGGCAUUAUGUAAUGCAACCACAACUGAUGUGAAAAUAUCACCAUCGAAUGAUUCAUUGAGUGGUUUGGCAAGCACCGGGGUGUCAUUGGGAAAUGCUUCGCCAUUGGUGUGGUCGGAAUUCCUCGAAGAUUAUGUACUGAGUCAAUCCAGUCCAAGUGCGCGGACAUCAAAAGAUCUACCAUUCAUUCCCAGUCAAAAUGAUAUGUCUAUGAUGAAUCCAAAUAUACCAAACGGAGGACCUGGUCCACUUUCUUACCACUCUUCGGUCUACAAACGACCCAAUGUUUACAUAACAAAACGUAUCGGCGAAGCAGUGGAAUUGGAACCACACAUGAGGCCACCAGUUCAUGUAGUAAAUCCACAAUUUCGUCCUAUGACAAAUCAAAUGAUACAACAGCAACAACUGCAGGAACAACAACAGCGUCAACAACCAGGAUUUUUCCAACAACUGUUCGGCUUAGGUGGCAGCAGUCAGCCUCAAUCACCACCAACACAACCACCGCCGGUGCGACCGGUACCCGUGCAACAGCACCACAUACAAUCGGUCCAACACAACGGAGCGCAGCCACCAUUUCGUGCAGUGACAGAAAAUGAUCUAUAUCUAUUGGGCGCUAUAGAGAAACUCGUUUACCGUGUAGAUUACUUGGAGAGUCGCAUACGACGAGCUGAACAAUUAAUUUACUACUUGAUGGCGGGAAAUAAUCAGAAAGAAGUGCGUGAUCCGUGCCCCACAAAUUUUACACGUAUCAGUGAUAAUUGUUAUUACAUCAAUAGCAACCAGCAGGUGAACUGGAAGACCGCCAACUCAGCGUGUAAGGCGCUGAAUUCACACCUUGCGGAAUUUGAAAGGGGUUCAGAGAAUGAAGAAAUAAUGGCUCACCUACUCAAUCAGCCGCAGCAUCGUGGACGCGACUACUGGUUGGGUGGUUUGAAUCCCGGUUUGCUCUGGAUUUGGUCCAAUUCGGCGAAACCGGUCAAUCCAAACAUGAAUCUCACAUCCAUUGCCAUGUCACAUGCAAAUAAUACAGAGAGCAAUACAAUCGAUGUGGAUGGCGAUGACAAGGAUAAGAAGAAUAAGAACGAAGAUGACCCUUCCCUCAAUGAAACCAUCCUAAACAAUACCGUGGAGAUUGAGGGUCAAGGUCGUUGCUUGCGCCUAUCUUACAAUCCCACAAAACACAUUUAUAAUUACUAUGGACAGGAGUGUACUUCGAGGCAUUACUAUAUUUGUGAAGCGGAAGACAAAACUCUGGAUAAUAAAAUUAAGAAGAUCAGCAGGGAACUAAAGUUAUUCGACUGAAUCGAUUAUUUGAUUUUUUUGAAGGCUGAAAAUUAUUCUUGUGAUUUUGAGCCAUUGCCGCCUUAAGAUCUGAACACAUGGUCAACUGUUAAAUUUGUGUCGAAAAUAACUGCAAUUCGAUAAGCAAAUUUGAAAUAUGAAAUGCUGUAUUUUAGUCUUAGGGUGGUAUAAAUUAUAUCAUAGUAUUUUUGAAGAUAUUGAGGUUUAACAAUUGACUAUAAGUUCAUUUUAAGUG